AUGACGAGGAACAGCUGGAGCUUUAACGGAGCUCAGAUGGGCCUGCAACUCAAGCUGAUCCGCUUUGUCAGUGAGGGAGAUGAAGGGAGGUGCACAGAAGCUAAUGUUGGGACUACCGUGAUUAGCUUCUAAUGCUAUUGUCUGCGAAUUAGGUGCAUAAUGACCGACUGUAUGCAAGACCCCCCUCAAACAAUCCAGGCGGCACUUCCCAUUGUCUCAGUGCUAUUGUCUGCGAUGCCUCUGACUGUUAACAAUGCAGGUUGGACUCAAUGGGCAAUGUUCCCUAAGAACGGGACAAAUUGUAAUUCUCCUUGGUACACCCCCUUCCAUUGCCUCUGUGACAGCCCAGCAGUUUCGGGCCUCAUUGCCUCAUUACGGGCCCUGUCAACACGUCCAAAUAUCCAGUGGCGGUUUCCAUCCAGCAGACUGUGGUAACCAGGGACAACACUCUGACUGAGUAGUUGUGAUGGGCCACGUCCACAGGUGAGGUAUGCUGCUGUUGUAUCUGUAAGUCUACACAGAUAAGGCAGCCCAUGUUGGCUUUGGAGUCAAAUCCCCCGAUUAGUAGAUAUUCUGUCCGCAUGCUAAUCGGAUUAGCCCAAAAAGUACGAGGCCCAAAGAGACACAAUCUUUUACGGAAACUCCACCCCCUCUUCUCCACUCCAGUUCCCUCAUGAGCUAAACCACCACAGCUCAGGAGAUAAACAGCAAACAACCUUAGUGGUACGUGACAAACUCCCUCUAACCUCUUGAAUUUGAGGUGGAAAAACAUAUUCUGGAGAGAGGCAGAGAGAGUAAGGUCUUACCAGGUGUGAGAACAAUGACGUGUGCGUCUUAAGGGCUGACUGAACACAGCCUGGGGCCUCAUGGCUCGGAGCGAGGGAAAGAGAGAGAGAGAGAGACCAGAUGAGAGACUGAGAGAAUGGACACAAAUAAGCCCCAAUAAGCAGGGCCACAAUGAGCAGGCUGGUUGCUUGGCGCUGUGGACAGGAUAAAGGAGGGGAAGUCAGGGAAAAGCAGGCAGGCAAGCAGGCUGACAGUUGGGGUGGGAAAGCUCAAUAGGACCAGCGGGAUGUGACUGUGAGUUUAAUAAGGGCUCUGUAUGUCUGUGUGUGCGUGCAUACGUGCGUGCGUGUGUGUGCGUGCAUGCAUUUGUGUGUGAUUUAUAAUGACAGAUCUGAAUAUACAAGUUUGAAAAUACUUCCAGAAAGUGCAAAUGGUAAUGGCUUGUGGGCGUGGACACACACACACACACACACACACACACACACACACACACAGUUUUAGACACAUACACCCCCGCAACACCCCCCCUGCCCACACACACACACACACACAUACAGUACACACACACACACACACAGACUUAGACACAUACACCCCCGCAACACCCCCCCUGCCCACACACACACACACAUACAGUACACACACACACACACACAGACUUAGACACAUACACCCCCGCAACACCCCCCCGCCCACACACACACACACAUACAGUACACACACACACACACACACCACUCAAACAAUGAAUGAGGCCGAUUCCAAUUCCAUUACCUCUCACUCACCCAGGACCUCCCUAGCCCCCCCUAGCUGUGGCUUCUUUGACAUUGGCAUUCCUACUCUAAUGUGGUGAGAAAACAAAAAGAGAAUUACUUGACACAUUGGAAAGAAUUAACAAAAAAACUGAGAAAACUAUAAUGCUAUUUGGCCCUAAACAGAGAGUACACAGUGGCAGAAUACCUGAACAUUGUGACUGACCCAAACUUAAGGAAAGCUCUGACUAUGUACAGACUCAGUGAGCAUAGCCUUGCUAUUGAGAGGCCGCCGUAGGCAGACCUGGCUCUCAAGAGAAGACAGGCUAUGUGCACACUGCCCACAAAAUGAGGUGGAAACUGAGCUGCACUUCCUAAACUCCUGCCAAAUGUAUCACCAUAUUAGAGACACAUAUUAUUAUCCCUUUUGUACUUUAACUAUUUGCACAUCGUUAAAACACUGUAUAUAGCCAUAAUAUGACAUUUUAAAUGUCUCUAUUCCUUUAGAACUUUUGUGAGUGUAAUGUUUACUGUUCAUUUUUUGUUUAUUUCACAUUUGUUUAUUAUCUAUUUCACUUGCUUUGGCAAUGUAAACAUAUGUUUCCCAUGCCAAUAAAGCACUUUGAAUUGAAUUGAAUUGAAAAGCAGAUGACUCUCUGUACUAAUUUCAACCCCUAACCCUCAAUGUCUGCUCUCCCCUUCCCCUCCACCCAGUCAGGGCUCCUUCUGCCAACAUGGAGGAAACCCAUUAAUAUCUCCGCGGCUCCCUACCAGCACCAGCCCCCGCCUCCCACAUGCUUCCGAUUAAGAAGGAAGCCUCUCUCAAGUCUCUCUACUUCUCUCCAUGCUGGUGAAGAUGGAGGCUAGAGAGAGAGAGAGAGAGAGGGGUUGGGGUGAGAUAGGGGUAGACAGCGAGGGGGGGGGGGGGGGGGGGGGGGGGGGGUUGAGCUGGAGUGAGACAAAAAGAAGAAGGGUGGGUGUAGAUAGGAGGGGGGUCAUUAUGGCCCCAGUGGACUAGGAUCAGGCUAGAUAGAUGGAAGGGUGGGACGAGGGGAGAAGAACAGACUGUCUUUGAGCCAGAAAGAGGGGGAUGUGCGGGGUAGAGAGGGAGAAGAGAACAAUAUUUAUACGUGUGUUGGAGAUUGGAGAUUGGAGAGCAAGUAUCUCUCCACCAUGAAUGGGAGGCUUAAUUUGGGCAUGUCUCCUUCUGUCUGGCUCAGACAGGGUAUUACUAUAGAUAGAGAUCUGGGUGGAAGCUACCUACUGGAGUACACAAGAACAAUGUGGUAAACAAAAACAACACGUACUGUAAGACUGUCUCAGAGACUGUCUGUGUGGCUCAGCUCCAAUGUAGUGGGAAGAGGCUUGAGAACAACAUUGCCAGCGAAUCUUGGGAAAGUGACCUUCAAACCAGACAUGAGUGUGAAACAUGAUUAUAAUCCAAUUCAAUUACUAUUGCGUAUUUGAUUGUUACCUAAAAUUACAAAACCCUGCAAUAGCAACCUAUAUAACUUUCAAUUGUUUGGUUAUAGGUAGCUGUGUGACCCUAAAGUCUAGACAUAUCUUCCAAGAAUAGUGCUAGAUUCCACAUCCUAUAAAAACAGUUGUUUUUAUAAUGCUGUUAUACAUCAAACAGGCUCUGUCUUGUGUCUGGUGGUUCUCAUGACGAUGCUGAGGGGACAGUUUUAGGCUAGUUUGUUGGCUCAGUCACGGGUUAAUAGGGAACACUGCAGUAAUUCUUCAGUCUGUGUGUAAAACAAGCCUUUUCUCUGUGCUGGCGGCUGGCGGGUGACACGCUGAAGAGCUGGACACUGCCCAGUGCUCCUGGAGGGACCAGGGUGGGCCCUGCUUCACACAUUCCACACAUUGUAACAUCUCUCCCCUCUGCCAGCCAGCCACAGUGUCUAGUUCUCAUACCGUUAGAGCGGUCAAAACACUGGUCCCACUGAUCCAUAGAAGAUCCAUCAGUUUGCAGUAGAGUGAACAUGCUGGCUCUCACACUGUGCCUGUAUGUCAUUAUAACACUGGCACAAUAGGGGUUAAUGAAUUAAAGAUUGUCUUUUGAAAACAUGAAAAUGCAAAGCCUAUUUUUGGCCUGCCAGGCAUGUUGUUGUGGUCCUUGGUGUGACAACACAUUGAUGAUGGUGUUGUGUUUGUUCUUUGCAGCCUGGGCCAAGGUGGACAUGACCAUGGAGGAGAAUGUGGAGGUGUACCUGGGCGACUUAGCAGACAUACCCUGCCAGUACGUCUUCAGUGAGCAGCCCAGAGCAGUCAUGAUCCAGUGGUUUGUGGUGAGCACUUCUGGACCAUUUUCUGCACCCCCUCCUGACUCACCCAGCCACACACUGUCUCUUUCUCUCUCUCUCAUACACACAUCAGAGUAUGUGAGUGGAGCUGGAGCGGAGCGUGCCCAAUUUGACUGGCGCGCAGAGCAAGAUUCCCAAAGGCCUUCUCACCGCUCCAAUUUGGUUCCAGUAGCGCUCCAGUAGUGCUCACUUCACCAGCUCAGGGCAUGCCCGGCCCAGCAUGCAUUUGUAGUCUACUUAUGUGCUGCUAUAGCCCCUUGCUUUAGCUACUGUCAUGGAGUUCGCUAAAUAUUUUCAUAAAACUGAUAAAACACACAGGUGCAAAAUCAAGGUGACUUACAAUGAUGAGGACCAAGAGCAGGAGAGGGAGUGUGGUGAUGUAGUGUUCACAACUAAAGAAUCAUUGUGGAAUCUGAAAAGAUACAUAUCCCGAAAGCAUGAUGGUGUACCUACUACGAGCGCAUGCUAAAAGAAAGGAACGAGGUGGGUAGAUAACUAAGUGUGUCAUUGUAGCAAAGUAUUUAUAAACAAAUAAUCAGAUCUCUUAAAUGUUUUGUUCAUUUUUGUUCUAUUAUCUAGGCCUGGCCAUGUUCAAGCAGCUUUCCGUUUUGAUUGGGUUAUUUUGCCUAAAAUAUAGAAAAAUAAAAAAAACAACUCUGCAUAUCUGCCUAGCCUGGCAAGAGUGGCCAAAAGGGUGUUUAGCAUCCCCAGUGAGGUGAGGAGAGGAUAUUCUUCGCUGCUGGCCUGCUCUCCAGGCACCAUCGCAUUCAUUCUAAAAAUGAAUUCAAAGGCACUAAUAAGUAAUUUUUUGUUUCAUUUGUAUUUAUUCUAAGUAAGUCACAGCCUAUAUGCCCAAUUUAUAGACUAUAAUGAUUUAAUACAACAAAAUGUUUAAAUGCUGAGCCCUUUAUGUCCCUACUAACCUAGUGUGUUACACUCCCAAAUGCUUCACAAUGUAUUUCUUUGUAGGCUUUAGCCUUGAAAUAAUAUAAAUAAUAUAGCCUAAAUAAUUCAUUUUUGUUCCUUCUUAGGCUCCCUGUCUGGCUCCUGACCUAUUUAGAGUGUUUAAGAUGACAUGUAGCCUAUUUGAAAUGAUGUGCGCUUCUUACAUUCACCUUUUCAUGUUUAUUCAAAUACUUUUCAUUCAAAUCCAUAUGGUUUGGUUUCAAUACUUCAAAACCAAAUGGUAGGUUCAGGUUGUCACAAAAAUAGAUGGGUGUUGGUUAAAUUGUGAUUUUAAUGAAUGGAGAAAAUUUGGAGCGGCUGUUUUUUUCCAGUGACCUCAGAGCGGUUUUUAGCAGAGCGGUUGGAAACACCGCUCACAUGCUCUGACACACAUACACACACCAAUUUAUUUCUAGGUACACUGUAUUUUUCACAUUCAACCUAGUUCAUCUUCUGGCUCAUUCCUUCCCUACAGAGGAAUCCUGGUAGCAGUAGCCGGGAGCGGAUCUACUACGGUGACAACACGCAGCAGAUAGUGGACGACGGUACAGACUUCACGGGCCGUAUCACGGUGUCCGACAUCGGGGACCAGGAGGGCGUGCUGCUUACCAUCCAGGAUGUCCAGCUGACUGACGAGAGGGAGUUCUUCUGCCAGGUCAACGGCAUGGCCGCAGGCAACGGAGAAGGCAAGACCCACAUCAGAGUGUUCGGUAAGACAUUGGACUCCAGAUCUGUUUGUGCUUGAUCCAACUCCUCUCUGUGUUCGUUCCUUGUUAUCCAAAUGAUUGAGGAUUUGGGUACAGCACAGUAUGGGCACAUACUCUGCCCAUGACCAUGUGUUUCAGUGGUCUUGUGCCAGGUCGCAGUUGUAAAUGAGAACUUGUUCUCAACUGGCUUACCUGGUUAAAUAAAGGUGAAAAAAAUGAUAGAAUGUGUCUAUGCAUUGAUAAUGUUAUUUGAUAUUUUAUUCCAGAUCCUCCAGAGGCCCCAGUAAUUGAAGGUGUCCAUGCUGGAAUCUCUGUGACCAAUGAGCUGCCAUCAAGGGUAGGCACUAAGCAGUCCACUUGAGUACAUCUCACUUUAUCUCUCAGUCCAUAAAAGCAACAUUGAACAUUAUAAAACGCUUUAAGACAUCUUAUUCUCUCUAUACAGAUUGCAUCGUGUGAGGCCAGGAACGGCUUCCCCAGACCCAACAUCACCUGGUACCGUGACAGCAGCCCACUGACCCCAACACAUGGCCGUGAGUAGCAGGAAUACCAAUGGACUAUUUGAGCAAAACUAGUCAAGCAAUUCUCUUGUUUUGUCACUGAAAUACAUGUUGUCAAUACAUGAAGAAGUGUUUCCGAAUGUCAUCUAUCUACCAGCCUGUGAUAGUAGCUAAAUCAGUGUUUUUCUCACCCCUCCCAGAGAUCAAUGUGGUAACACUAGUGACCCGUGAGUCCAGUGGCUUCUACACGGUCCAGAGUGAGCUGCAGUACAAAGUGGCCAAGGAGGACAAGGACGCCCUGUUCUCUUGUGAGGUCAGCUACUACGUUCCAGGAGGCAUGAGGACGGCGAAGUCCAAGGGCAUCAACAUCACUGUGCACUGUAAGGACCCAACCAGCUGUCAUAUACCCCAGACAUGCUAUCGCUAACCGCACAAUUUACAGUGAGGGAAAAAAGUAUUUGAUCCCCUGCUGAUUUUGUACGUUUUCCCACUGACAAAGACAUGAUCAGUCUAUAAUUUUAAUGGUAGGUUUAUUUAAACAGUGAGAGACAGAAUAACAACAAAAAAAUCCAGAAAAACACAAAAUGUUAUAAAUUGAUUUGCAUUUUAAUGAGGGAAAUAAGUAUUUGACCCCUCUGCAAAACAUGACUUAGUUCUUGGUGGCAAAACCCUUGUUGGCAAUCACAGAGGUCAGACGUUUCUUGUAGUUGGCCACCAGGUUUGCACACAUCUCAGUAGGGAUUUUGUCCCACUCCUCUUUGCAGAUCUUCUCCAAGUCAUUAAGGUUUCGAGCCUGACGUUUGGCAACUCGAACCUUCAGCUCCCUCCACAGAUUUUCUAUGGGAUUAAGGUCUGGAGACUGGCUAGGCCACUCCAGGACCUUAAUGUGCUUCUUCUUGAGCCACUCCUUUGUUGCCUUGGCCGUGUGUUUUGGGUCAUUGUCAUGCUGGAAUACCCAUCCACGACCCAUUUUCAAUGCCCUGGCUGAGGGAAGGAGGUUCUCACCCAAGAUUUGACGGUACAUGGCCCGUCCAUCGUCCCUUUGAUGCAGUGAAGUUGUCCUGUCCCCUUAGCAGAAAAACACCCCCAAAGUUUCCACCUCCAUGUUUGACGGUGGGGAUGGUGUUCUUGGGGUCAUAGGCAGCAUUCCUCCUCCUCCAAACACGGCGAGUUGAGUUGAUGCCAAAGAGCUCCAUUUUGGUCUCAUCUGACCACAACACUUUCACCCAGUUCUCUGAAUCAUUCAGAUGUUCAUUGGCAAACUUCAGACGGGCCUGUAUAUGUGCUUUCUUGAGCAGGGGGACCUUGCAGGCGCUGCAGGAUUUCAGUCCUUCACGGCGUAGUGUGUUACCAAUUGUUUUCUUGGUGACUAUGGUCCCAGCUGCCUUGAGAUCAUUGACAAAAUCCUCCCGUGUAGUUCUGGGCUGAUUCCUCACCAUUCUCAUGAUCAUUGCAACUCCACGAGGUGAGAUCUUGCAUGGAGCCCCAGGCCGAGGGAGAUUUACAGUUAUUUUGUGUUUCUUCCAUUUGCGAAUAAUCGCACCAACUGUUGUCACCUUCUCACCAAGCUGCUUGGCGAUGGUCUUGUAGCCCAUUCCAGCCUUGUGUAGAUCUACAAUCUUGUCCCUGACAUCCUUAGAGAGCUCUUUGGUCUUGGCCAUGGUGGAGAGUUUGGAAUCUGAUUGAUUGAUUGCUUCUGUGGACAGGUGUCUUUUAUACAGGUAACAAACUGAGAUUAGGAGCACUCCCUUUAAGAGUGUGCUCCUAAUCUCAGCUCGUUACCUGUAUAAAAGACACCUGGGAGCCAGAAAUCUUUCUGAUUGAGAGGGGGUCAAACACUUAUUUCCCUCAUUAAAAUACAAAUCAAUUUAUAAAAAAAUGUACAUGUGUUUUUCUGGAUUUUUUUGUUGUUAUUCUGUCUCUCACUGUUCAAAUAAACCUACCAUUAAAAUAAUAGACUGAUCAUUUUGUCAGUGGGCAAACGUACAAAAUCAGCUGGGGAUCAAAUACUUUUUUUCCCUCACUGUAUGUUGACUCAGCAUGCUAAUAAUUUGAGCAUUAUUGAGUUCAAUUGAAUGUAAUGCUAACUAGAGCUAAUACUACCUCGUUGUGCUAAAGGUGCUCUCCGGUUGUUUUUAUGACUAUCCCUAUCAACUAGUAGGGUGGUCACUGGUGUUUCUCUCUAAAACACUCAAGUUAAAGCCUAUGAAAUUAUAUCAGCCUAUCUAAAACAAGUCAACAGCUUCUGGGUUGUCAAAGUAGUAAACCAACUAAUCUAAUCCAAACCCACCAUCUUAGCCCCGUUGAUGUAUGUUUUUUGUCCCGCAGUCCCCACAACCAUCAUCGAGCUGUGGAAGGAAUCUCCCCAGGGCCUGGUCAAAGAGGGGGACACUGUGGAGCUUCGUUGCCAAGGCGAUGGCAACCCCCCGCCGCCCUUCACUUUCAACCGAGAACAAGUAAGAAUGGCCCCCUUUUCUGCGUCUGCCUAUUGAGUCCAGAUAACCAUAAAACGGGGGAGAAAAACGUGACACGCAGGAGACAUCUGGAGAAUGUUUUUGAUAUUCAGACUCAGGCCUCGGAGUAGAAGUGUAGGCCUUGUGAACGGGACCGCAUCAUGUUUGACCCUGUGGCUCUGGGAGAGAUCUUUGGACCCCGGCAGGCAAGGUCUGUGACUGACUGGAGAUCAAAAUCCUCAGGAUGGGAUAGUUCUCAUUCCCAUGUCUCACACACAAUACCUACAGUAUGUUCAACUGACCACAAUAACACAUUUGGGGUUUCCCCUGUUGGGUCUUAAGACUGGGAUGUGGAUAGAGGCAUGGUUUGGUCAUUCAGAGCAGGGGUUCCCUAACCUAACAUAGCAGGCGUAAAAGAAACGUCUGAGUAGGACACCCCACAUUCACCUUGUUAACGUCCAAAAGCGGAAGUCGGGUUACAGAAAAGUCUAAAUGGGAUCCUUGGAACAUCCCAACUCUGACGUCACCCCAUAGAGCCCCACAGUGGAGGUGUCAUAAUACCCAUAAAACCUAGCGGUCAAACAGGGAAAUGGUUCCAAUCGUUUUUCCACCAUUCAUUUUUCCCAUAGGAUAUUGUGUCAAUUUAAAACUUGCACAAGACAGUUCAAAGAAUUGUCAGUUUGAUGAAAUGUUGCCAAUUUAUUAAUUACUAAAUUUAGCUAACAUUAGAUAGUUAAUUCAGAUAUUCUUACCUUUGCCUCGAUUUGGCAGUCUCGUCCAGAUCAUCAUGGCAUUUGUAGUUCUUUAGGAUAGCCACAUAAAAAUCGUCUGUCCUCAGUUGCAACACUCAUUACCGAGUUCCAAACUGCCUCUGGAAGCAACGUCAGCACAAUAACUUUUUGUCGGGAGCUUUAUGAAAUUAGUUUCCAUGGCCGAGCAGCCGCACACAAGCCUAAGGAGUGGUGUAAAGCUUGCCAUGGACUCUGGAGCAGUGGAAACACGUUCUCUGGAGUGAUGAAUCACGCUUCACCAUCUGGCAGUCCGACGGACGAAUCUGGGUUUGGCGGAUGCCUGUUCCAACAUCUAGUGGAAAGCCUUCCUAGAAGACUGGAGGCUGUCCGCAAAGGGGGGACCAACUCCAUAUUAAUGCCCAUGAUUUUGGAAUGAGAUGUUCGAUGAGCAGGUGUCCACAUACUUUUGGUCAUGUAGUGUAGAUUAACAACAACAUAUCACAGUCAUAGAAAGUAAAACGUUUCUGUAACCGUUACUGAAAAUGUUGUUGCUGUUCGGGCCGGCUACUUGCACAUUUAUUUCUGUAUUUUAAAAUACUAAAUACAUGUAUUUUAAUUCAAUACAUUUCAAAGUAUUUUGUAGUUUUUGAUACAUUGAUCUUUAUGGUAUUUUGUAAUUGUAUUUUGUAAAUUUUGCCCAUCGCUGGGUGUGGCAAUGGGCAUGGUCGGUCGUCUGCACUGCUGAAUUCUGUCCGGGUCCUGGGCAAGAACAUUUUAGGUCCUCAUCUUGGCAGCAAUGCACAAGAAAUGUCAUCCUGCGACCCACCUGGACCCCUGCUGUGACCCACAAGUGGGUCCCGACCCACAGUUUUGGAACCACUGAUUAAGAGGGUCACAGGAACAUUUUAAACGUUUUAAAUAGCUCACGUUAACCAGACUAGUUUAGCUGUUGUUUGGGUGUGACUUAAAGGGAUAAUUCAACCCAAAAUCUAUGUUUGCCAAAGAUUGCCAUUCCCUAAAAGUAGCCAAAAUGUAGAUCCAUUAAUAUGACAGUGUAAACCUGAUGUUGCCCCUCUCAGGAGCAGGAGACGGUGCUAGAGGCCAGCGAUGACACUUUGGUGCUGAGGGAGGUGAUCCGUGGGAACAGCGGGGUCUACCAGUGCCGUUCUCUGGACCUGGACACCUACGAGGAGGUCACGGGAGACAUGCAGCUCACUAUCCACUGUAAGUUAGCUAACACACACAUACACACACACUGAAACAUGUGCACGCACACGUACACAUGUAUUUUUUAAUGCUCUGUUGGUUUGGACUGGAAGUGGUUGAAUUAGUUGCUUGAUUGAGUUUCACGCAAUCAAUUAUUUUUACUCAUGGCCCUUUGAUUACCGAGAUAGACAGCUCUGCAGUUGUGUGCCACUCGCUCACUGUCACUGCAUCACUUCACUACUCAUUAAGAUAAUUUAAUUGAAGUCAACAUUGUCACCGUCGAUAAACAUGAUUUGCAGUGAUGUAAUUCAAAUUGAGAAGGCAUUUGAUUGGAAUAAGGUUGCAUGGACCACACACCAGCAUGGUACUUAGCAAUGUCUUGUCCUCACAUCAUGUCUACUCUCUCCAGAUCUGGACCCAGCUGUUGUGGUGCCCAAAGACUCAGAGAUCUUGUUAAAAGGAGAGAGUCUGACUGCUACUUGCAACGCUCUGUCUUCCCUGGAAACCGCCACUGUCUGGUUCAAGGUACAGUAUACCCCGUAAUAAGCACUAACUUAGUGCUUUAAAUGCAACACGGUUAUAAGAGUGACAUAAGAGAUGACCAUUACUCUACCUCUUAUAUGUCUUAUGUUUGUCUGUAUAUUUUUUGUCUUUGUGUAGAAUGGGCAGCAGGUUGGCACAGGCCACAUGCUGUUCCUGCAGGAUGCCACCUAUGACACGGCAGGAGAGUAUGUGUGUGAGGUGACUGUUCCUUCCCUGCCUGGACUGCACACCUCUGGCUCAGUCCACAUCAUCGUCCAGGGUGAGUCACCACACCACCACAUGUACUCUCUGUAACAUACAAUCCAUUUCUGGGGAACAUUUUUGCAUUAGCUCAGCACUUUCACUACUUGGUGAUUAGUUGUAUGUGGGGUGUUCUACCAGAAACAAUGGAUUGAGUUUGUCAGAUCAGAUGUUUUCAUACCUCAAAAACUGUCUUUUACUGGAGUCUGUAAUGUAUAUGUGUUUGUAACCCGUCUCCAGGUGCUCCCCAGAUGAAGGAUGCUGACAGGGAGGUUGAAAUGGAUGAGGGAGCUGGGAAGUGGGUGAACCUGAGCUGUGAGGCACAUGCACACCCCCUUCCCACCAUCUCUUGGACCGUGACUGGCAGCCAGGUAACACAGGGCUUGGCAGCGCACUGGGCUGUUUACAUAUGUGGGCAUAUUUACAUUGCAUGAAUUAAAUAAAUAAAAAAUUGCUAUGUAAUUUUCUUGGGUAUGUCUGUUGCGAUGCACAUUGGUGUGACUGAUGACAUGACUUUAGUGUGUGUGUGCUGUGUGUUAACAGAGCUGGCGCGAGGUGCUGACCAGAGCCACGGAGCACAGCACUAUCAGCGUGGUGUCUGUCAAAGUGACCUCUGACAUCACAGCCUUCUGUAACUCCACCAACGAUAUUGGCACAGAGACAAAGUCCUUCAGCAUCAGAGCCAGUAAGCCACCCUACCAUAUACACUACAUAGGAAUAUACAGUAUGGGCAUUAGUGAUGCGACUCAUAACCCGCAGUCCUCGCAGUUAUAUAUGCGGGGCGGGUGGGUUUAGGGUCAUGAAACUUUGUGUGAAUGAAGGGUGGGUGGGUGGCAGGCAGGUUGAAUAAAGAGAAAACAAUGCAUAGAAAAUCCAUAAAUGUAUAAUUAUUGUGCAAUUCAUAUCUAUAGGCUACAUUGAGGUUUUUCUUUCAUUAUUUUUUAUCUAGUGCGUAGCCUAAGCUUUAGGGCCUAACUGUAGUGUGCCAAGUACAGGCCAAUUGCCAAAUGCUUUUGGGAACUUGGGCAGAAAAAGUUAACGUUGAUCCACUGAGGCAAAAAGGACAAUGUUGACAAUAAGAGAAAAGCUGCGAAAAGGAGAGUUGAAAAUCAAUAGAAGAGAGGGCCAGAACAGUAGUCUAAUGUUUGGCAAAGAUUUGGUGAGUGGUAAAAGAGGAUGAUAGCAGUGUUAUGUGUGAUAAUUGUGAGGCACUAUAUAAAUUCGACAGUCAUAAAACGGGGACUUCAAAAUGGCACGUCAAAGGAACUGUACUGUUUAGAUGGGUUAAAUGGAAUAUUGGACACUGACUGUAGGUCUAUAACCUGUCACAUAGCCUAAUAAAAUAUGAACUCCUGCAGAAUUAAGCAUUUCUUGCAGUAAAAUUAUACACCAAAUGCUAAUUAUGACUCUGGAACAGGAGUGGAGCAAUAUGAUUUAUUUAUUUCAGCAUCUUGAAAGAACAAAUUCACAUUUAGGGACUGUCUGUAAAGGUGCUGUCUUUAUCAGCAUCAUAAAAGCUGAUAGUAUUUCAACCACAUAAAAUAUGCAUCCAAGCCGAACUGAAAUCUUAUCAAAAACAUGUUGGGUCGUUUUAACAGCUUUUAAAGAGUAACUUUCAUUAAGAAAACUUUUUUAAAUUUGAAACCAGAUGUUUUAGGCUUAGUUAUAUUGAAACACAUAAAUGAUGGUCUUAAUUUAGACAGUUCUUUGCAAAAGUGAUACACUACAUAUACAAAAAUAUGGGACACCCCUUCAAUUUAGUGGAUUCGUCUAUUUCAGCCACAACCAUUUCUGACAGGUGUAUAAAAUCGAGCAUACAGCCAUGCAAUCUCCAUAGACAAACAUCGGCAGUAGAAUGGCCUUACUGAAGAGCUCAGUGACUUUCAACGUGGCACUGUCAUAGGAUGCCACCUUUCCAACAAGUCAGUUCGUCAAAUUUCUGCCCUGCUAGAGCUGCUCCGGGCAACUGUAAGUGCUGUUAUUGCGAAGUGGAAACGUCUAGGAGCAACAACGGCUCAGCCGCGAAGUGGUAGGCCACACUUUGCUUUAUCUUGGCCAGGUCGCAGUUGUAAAUGAGAACUUGUUCUCAACUGGUUUACCUGGUUAAAUAAAGGUUAAAUAAAUAAAUAAACAAGCUCACAGAACGGGACCACUGAAGUGCGUGGCGCGUAAAAGUCGUCUGUCCUCGGUUGCAACACUCACUACCGAGUUUCAAACUUUCCAUGGCCGAUGAUUUUGGAAUGAGAUGUUCAGGUGUCCACAUGCUUUUUUUGGUCAUGUAGUGUAUAUGUGCUUUUACAAAGAAAAAAAACAUGUAGGCUAUGAGGAUUCUAUGUUUAUAUUCAUAGCUACAUCCAUCAUACGUAACAAGAAAUAGAUGACAAUGGUGGUAAUGUCAACUCGCUGUAUUUUUUCUCAACCGCUAUGACUGAUUGGUGGCGCAGUCCGCUAAGACAGUUGGCUCAUAGUUCAAUGGUUGUAAGUUCUAAUCCUUAAUUUACAAUAUUUGUCCCAUGCCCACACACUUCUAAUUCUGAAAAGUGAAAGCGUACCUGUGAAAGGGGUCGCCCUGGUAGUAGUUGUAGGUUUUCAUACAGUACCCAAAACCAAUCUGUGAGUUAAUUUGACCAUUGGAAAAAUAGCUAUUGCGUGAAAACUGCAAUGCGGAUUGAAUUGAGCCCCUAAUCUUAAUUUUCAAGGUGAUGAUUGCACUUUUCUUCCCAACACCGCAAUAAAUAUGAGUCCACAUUUCAAAUAUUUGUUUUGCCCCACAUGGGGGAUUCGAACUUACACCGCAAGUGGCAAUAGAUGUCAGGAACUCGGCACCUUACCACUGUGAGCUAACUGUCCAGAGCCGUAUUUGCUCGCGAUGCACAUUAUUUUAUUAUCAAAGCGUUCCAGUGGACUUCUGGUAAGUAUGGUUUAGUGAGAAAGUGUUGGGAUCAAGUACAACUAUGUUUACCCACUCCCAAAAUGAAUAUUUAUGAGCAAUUCCCCCCACCCACAACUUCUCACCUGAAUGCAUUUUUAGUUUAUUUUAAAGGGUUGUGCAAAGGCUGAAAUUGGGGUGCGAGUUACCCUUUAAUUUCCUUAAAACUGGUCAAACUGGUGUAAUUUGGAAAUGCAUGGAAAGUCUUUCCUGUUGUUUUUGUUGUUUUUUUUGCAUUUUCUCCCCGGUCCCUAAACCUCUUUACUGCAUGAGAGAAAACAACUUUACCGAUGUCAACUAGAUUGAAACAUUUAUUCUAUCGAUUUAUGACAUCAUUCUGGUGAGCAAGGGUUUAUUUAGUGUUCUAGGGCAGUAAUGACAGAAGAGAAUCUGCAUGUAUCUAAUUAUAGACAAGUUGACUAACGAAUAGCCUACCAAAAUGCAGGUUAGGGUCGGGUGCGGGCCUCAGAUUUUCACUUUAUCACAUACAGUCUGGCGGUUGCGGAUGGUUUAUUAGCAAUUGAGGGUUGGUGCGGGUGAACAAACAGCUCACCCGCGCAUCACUAAUGGGCAUAUAUUUAGAAUAUAUGGGGAAAUAUAUUUGGUGAUGGGAAGCUCUUACAUUUUAAUUGUUGUUUUACUUGUCCACAGUUCCCAUGGUCACUUCAACCGCGCCCUACUCACCCGGUAAGACAGCGAUCUUGCUAUUAUUGUAUUCUUGCUGAUCUCUGUUUCUCUUUUUUAAAGGAGAACGGGAGCACCGUCCUUGCGUAUUUUAUCACUUUUAUUUAGACAGUUGGAAGAUAGAGGGAGUGCAGAGUAUAGAGAGGAAACAGCACUAAUGUGUGGGGUGGGAGUCUAUGUGGGCAAUAUGUGUUUGAGGGGCUUCAGCACUACCACUGAACCAUGCUCCCACACUGUUUCUGUUCUUCUUGACCUUUGGAUCACUCUUACCUAGUAGAGAAUAACUUUUAGAUUUUUUUAUUUGCUUUCUCUCAACUUUUGUUUGAUUCUCUCUGAAUACACACCAACCCAGACAAUUAAGGAUUAGACAACGAGGCAACUAAAUAUUUCAUGAUUUUCAUAUCGGCAAAGUGUUCGCUGGAACGAGCGGGAGGAUUGGCUCUGCUCAUUGCCUGUGGGUACAUUUAAAAUUCUGUGUGAAAGAGAAAAAUCUAACAGGAAAGAAAGAGCCAACACUUAUAGUGGUCGAGUGCCAAAAACACGCAUAUUUACUUAUUAUUGGGGAAGUUAAUGCGCUGUCUCACUGUUUUAUUGAGCUGUUGCAAUAGAAAUUCUCAUAAACCCAUACCCAGACAAUUGUUUCCCUUUUAACAAGGGCUUACUACAUGGUUAAAUAUAGGAGUUAAUUGCUCUGGUAGGUAGUAGCACACUCUAAUUUCCUCCUGGGAGGAUUGCACUGAAAUGUUGAUGGCUCUGUCACAGGGGCAGGCCAGGGCUAUUUCCCAUCUCUCUCUGCCCAGUGUCUGGAGCACUCACUCACAAAGCAUGAGAGCUGAAGCUGGGAAGUUAAUGUGUACAUUCAAACCCACUCUUACAUUAAAAACCACACCAGCCUGUAGGGAACAUACAGUAAUUUGUACAAUGUUCCGAACACAACAAAUGAACCACAUCUAUUGUGCCAUUCUGUCAGAGAACCAGGAAAUUGACAUUUUAUUUGUUUCCCAUCUGCUUCUUAUGACUUGGCCAUAAUUCAUGACCAAUAAAUAGCUCCAUACUCUACAACUGUUCUAUAACCUGGAUCCCAGGACUCCCUGGAAAACAGUGGCAAGUGUUACUGAGUGGACUAUACUGGCUAGUGGCUACUUUCCUCCACAUCUUUCUAUGUUUUGUCCUGCUAUUACAUCUAUUUUUGUUGGUACUGCAAGAAGAGGAUGGUCCACCCAUCCCUGGCCACUAUGCUUCUGAUUUAGCUUCUGCUUGCUCUUUGGGGUCAUGGCCGGGUUAUUUACAGUAACCACUUUGUGACUACUGCUGAUGUAAAAAGUUGUCACAACUGCUUUGACAACUACUGAUGUAGACAAAUCAGAAAACGUUAUUGUACGAGUCAUUUUGGCCUUCUUAUGUGUUGGGUAUAUGUUGUCUGUCUAGGGAUGUUUUCACUUGUUAUUUACACUAAGGGCACUCUCACAUGGGGUCAUGGGUCACUGGUCACGUGUAUAGGCAGCACAGGUGACCAGGAAGUGUUUACACUUAUCAUGUCUGGAUGAUUCUCCAUGAUCAUUCUCCAUUCUCCCAGUCACUGGAUCGGUGAACGGGUAUAAGCAUUAACCUGAGCUUGCCCUCCCCUCUCUCUAUCUGUCUAUAUAGCUGAGGGCAAUGGUGUGAUCAUUGUGGUCAUCAUCCUCUGUAUCCUUCUGCUGGCCAUCCUGGGGAGUGUGCUCUACUUCCUCCACAAGAAGGGCAAGAUCCCCUGUGGCCGCUCUGGCAAGCAGGAGAUGUGAGUAUUGCACUUUAACAACUGGUCUAGGGCCAGGUUUUGUGUCUAGUUCUAGAAGGUGGGUGCUACACAUUGGUAGUGUAUUAGGGUAAAUUACAAAGCAAACCACCAUGAGCACUUGAAAAAGUGUUAGGUAAAUGUAUUCUAUAUGUUCAUCCAUAAAUGAGUCUUUCUGCCUCUAAGAAUGUGAUACUUUCCUCACUGGAGAGGACUUUUGAGAGUAAACUGAGUUUGUGCUCUCCAUCUCCAGCACCAAGGAGAACCCCAACAAAGAUGACAUUGUGGUGGAGAUGAAGACUAACACCAAGACCGAGGAUGCCGGACUUCUGAAGGGCGUCAACGGUGACAAGAAUGGCACCAGUGACCAGGUAACUAUG